GUUCGGAAUGGCUGCCGCUCCUGCCCGGUCCCGCUGAGCCAUGGACCGCUACGUGCUGCUGCUGAGCUGGGGGGAGCGCAGGGCCGAGGGAGCCGCGGCCGGGCCCGGAGCAGCUGAGACUGCUGCAAGUGUUUAUCAGUUCCUGAAAGAAAACUGUAACUCAUCUGUAAACGCAGAUGUGAGCACAUUCCCAGCAUGUUCAGUGGCUGGCGUUCCAGGAGUCAAAAAGUGGUAUUUUGCAAGGCAUGUUAUAUGCGGUUACUAUCAGUUCUGCAGUUCUGACUGGGAGGAAAUAAAUUCUGACACACAGAAAAAUGAAGACUCUCUCCAGACAAAUAUUGAUGAGUGCCUGGGAGCCAUACAGAAUUUCGAGGAAGAUGACAAUAACAGUAGAGAGUCACUCUCUAUGACUGAUAUCUAUGAUGAAGCUGCAGAAUGUCUGCAUCAGUUAGCUGAUAAACUCCCUGCCCCAGGCAGAGCAAUGGUUGAUGUAAUACUGCAGGCUGUUGAACGAGAUGGACCCAAGUUGAAAGACUGCUUGCCUGCUGUCGGUGCCCUGAAACACCUGAGAGAAUGGCACUCUGCAAAAAUCACUAUUGUAGCAAAUGACUCUAAAGGUAGCUUGCAAAAGAUUGCAGACUAUCUAUCAGCAGACUUUGUAUCUUCAGAUAAUGUCAUGAGUAUCAUUGAUUCAAAGGAACUCUGGAGAGGCAAGAUUCAGAUAUGGGAAAGAAAGUUUGGUUCAGAAGUUAGUUUUCCAGACUUUUGUAUGAAGAGCACUUCAGCAAAGACAUUCAGCACUUCACAUUUAAGUUCUUGCUUUGCUGUUAAAAGAGAGCGACAGUCAAGGAAUACUGAUGCUUUGCCAGAGGUUUUUCAUUACUAUGGUCCUGCACUAGAAUUUUUACAGAUGGUGCUACUCUCUGACCUCCCUUCCUUUUUUAUAUCGGAUCUGGAAUUUGAGCUGUGUCUGUCAAGAAACAGUAUGAAGGAAACAUCCAUGCUGCUUUUGGACCAGUUUUCUUUUCUCUCUGGGAAGGUGGGAGCUUUAUUUACAUUGCCAUGUAAUGUAAGCAGUGUAGUCAUCCCAUCCCCUGCCCAGCUGAAUACCAAGAAAUGGAAGGAAUAUAUGACUAGGAAACCCAAGGUCAUUACUGUUCCAGAAAUUGAACUGAAAGGAGAAUCUUGCCGAUAUUAUUUCUUGCUACAAGGGAAUGGCUCUGGAGGAUGUAAAGCAACCUUGAUUCAUUCAGCUAGCCAGAUCAAUGGUACAGCCACUCUUGCUGCGGUAAAUGGAAAGCUAAAGACAAAAGCGGAAGAAACAGAGUCAAGCUUUUUUAUUGCUGACUUUAUCAAGUCUCUGCCAAAUUAUUGUGGAGAGGAGAUUGUAUGGAGAGAAAAGAAACUGUCUCGUCUCCAAGGGUUUGUCUUGAAGGAGUAUCUCGAGCAAAAGAAAUUGACUGAGCAGCCUCCAGUUAUUUCUACUGGUGAUCUCAAAAAUUUGUUAGAGCUUACAAGAGAAUCUUUCUUGGACCUGUGCAACACUGGUCUUCUGAAACCUGUUCUACAGAAGAUUGUCGAUAAAACUAGGUCAUGCACUGUGACUUUUGAACCUGAUUUAAUGGAGCCAAAUCCAUUGGAAUGGCCAGAAAGACAUGUUCUUCAGAAUUUGGAAAACUUUGAAAAAAACAAACAAAAAAUGAGAGUUUCUAUGUUUGCACAUUCAUCUGAGCAAUUGCUGGGGCAUAAAGAUGGCCAGAGGGAGACAUUGACGUUGCUUGAUGCUAAAGAAUUACUGAAAUAUUUCACACCAGAAGGGCUGCCCAUUGGUGAUCUUCAACCACUACAAAUACCCAAACGUGAAAACACAUUUUUUUUGACACCAGAACUGACUCCUCGGAAGCUCAGAGGUUUGCCUUUUGAAAAAGCAACUGGGUGCCAUUAUCAUGGACUUGAGUACUGUCUAGAUAACAGAAGAGCCUUAGAGAGAGAUGUGGGAUAUGCUGAACUUCAAACUCGUCUUAUUCGCUAUGAAACUCAGACUACUUGCACCAAAGAGUGCUGCCCUGUGCCGGUUGUCUUGAGUCCUCUUGCAUCUCCUGCAGUCUUGUCAGAGCCUGGAAGUGUCCCUGAUGGAGAGUCUUUACAAAGCGAACUCAAAACAGAGGCUUCAAGGGUAAAACGCAGAUCAAAAGACUUGGAUUGCUUUUAUCCCAAUAAAAGGCUGACCAAAUCUGAGAGCACAGAUUCCCUCCUCUCUCAGGCCAGCGGAAGUAGUGGGAGUUUCUCUGCAGUUGCUGUAACGAGGAGGCGCUCUGAAAGAUCGGCUUCUUUAGCUUCAGUGCCAUUGAAACAGCCUGGUCAGCCCCACAGAGCAGCCCCUAAGGCUGGCUCAGUAAGUCACACAGGUGCAACGGAAUCUGAGACUUCAAAGCCAGCUAAGGAAUCGAGGUCCCAGAAACAUACAAGGAUGCUGAAGGAGGUGGUUGCUAAGACUCUUCAAAAACAUGGAGUUGCAGAGGAUCACAAGUGCUUUGCCUCAUGCAGCCAGCGUCUUUUUGAGAUAUCAAAGUUCUACUUAAAGGAUCUUAAAACUUCUAGAGGACUCCUUGAUGAAAUGAAGAAAACAGCAAAUAACAAUGCUAAACAGGUGAUUGAGUGGGUUUUGGAGAAGAGUGGCAAGUAGAAGUGCUCUGUGGAUGCUACUCACACUGUCCUAGAAAGAGCAGAGAUGGAGCAUGUCCAUCUGUGAGAAAGGCAUUAAACUGCUUCACACACACGUAUCUAUACAGCGGGAGGACUUUGGUCAGAGUACUUACAGCAGCACAAUAGCAAGUUUUGACAAUUUUGUGCUAAAAGUUUUAGUUUUUAAAAUAAUUUCAAAUGAAAAAGGUUUUAUAUGUGUAUUUAUUAUAUUUCAUUGUUAAAAGGAAUCUAGCUUGGCUUUGUUUGAUAUAGGUUUGUACGGUUUUUAACUGGUAUACUUGUUUUUUAUGUGAAUAAAACCCCCACCAGAUUUGAUUUUAAUAUCAAAACUGCUUUGUUUUACUUUUUUGCAUAAAUAACUUUAUUUAUUACUAUUUGCUGUUUAUAAACAGCUGUUUACAGUAUCUACCACUGAUAUUUUAUAGAAUAAGUAAGAACAGUUCCUAUGCUGCAAGUGCAUGAAGUUUCUUUCGAAACGAUGAAAAUUUCCAUUAAAGACAGGAUCAUUGUUC